AUGUCCACCGCUGCGAAACCAUCCGCAGCGAACACCCUUAAGUGGACUGACAACGCACGGCCGACCGGACCUUUCGCCCAGCCUCUUCCGACUGGCUGCUUUGCCCAGCCACAUCCGCUGGUGAAUGUGGCUAUAGGAGUGACGAGACCUGAGCCUCCUACCACGGUGGCCACCACCAGAUCGAUUCUGACUGUGAGAAUCGGGCCUUACGAUGAGGCAGGCCGUCCGACUUAUCAGUCCACGCUGGAAAGGCCUGCAAGCGAGGGAGACUCUGGGCAUAUGGAAGCACAUCGUGAAGCGUUCGAUACCGAAGGCAGAAGACUGUGUUUGGCAUAUCUCGAAAGCAUGGCGGGGGCUGACAGCAAGUCGGUUGAUGAUGCCCAAAGGGCAAUACGGGACUUGAGCCCGUGGGGAGAGCUCAGAAAAUUGCUGUAUGUGCAAGCCCCCCCGGAUGGACAAGGUCGAGCAGCACAGCCAAGGUCAGAUCUCGUUGCUUCUGCAAAGUGGUCCCUGCAGUACGAGAAUAUGGCUGCCGGAGAGGGGGCAAUGCCGCUGCCCAGCUGGGCCAAUGUGGGGUGGAGUUGCAAGAAUGGGAAAUGGGAGCUGGAGCGAAUGAUUCUUAAUUUUCCGAACGAGCCAGCAAACCCUUUCGACAGCUAUACUCUUACUGUACCAGAGAGGUUGUCGUCCGUGGCGUCCCUCGCUCUUGGACGUCCACCAUGGAUAAAGGGACAGGAGAAGAGGUCUUGA